AUGUUCGCAGCUGCCCAACCCAUGGGUCACUUCUCCCUCCAGCACAUGAAGAUGGCGGGCAUGACUCUGGCGACGGUUCAAAUGGAGCUGGAGAAACACAAAAUGAUGCCAGUGGUGCUGAUCGAAGCGUAUCUAGACGUCUUGAACAAAUUAGUGGAACCACUCGCCAUCGUCCAAGGAAUGAUGGGUCUCAGAACUUGGCUUGGUGAAGUCCAAGUACUCAUCGCAAAGCUCAAGCAGAGGGUUUUCAGCGGUAUGCCCCUGAAUAUGAGAGAACGCACAGUUAUCACCUGGUAUUCCGCUCGGUGGAGAGAGCUGAGAGGAGGAGCGUGUGAUAUGGGCAGGCCAGAGGCACAGAUUGUUCUGAUGUCCCUUGGCGAGAUUGCCAUGUACUGAGGCGUACUGUGGUGUCACAAAUCACCCCAUUCCAAUCCCACGGCACUGCAUGAUCUACACUCCUCAAGCCUGGAGCUACAUACCUGGCAGCGCUUUCAUAGCAUAGCAUCCAAG